CCCUAGAAAAAUAGCCGUAGCGGCAGUAUUCUCUGUCCUUGGUUUUUCUCUAACACCAGUACUACGUACAAAGAUUUUCUGUUUCUGAAAGAAAUUUGGUGAAGAAGAUUAUCAUAUCAUCAACAUCAUCCUUAUCAGGUUGUUUCCUUGAAUUCCAUUGGUAUAUACAGCUCAGAAAUCAAUCUUCCUGAAUCAUGGAUUUCUCUGAAGACUGGAAAGCGUACUUCCCCAUCGGCUCUGUCCCUUGUCCGCCUCUUCUUUUACCUGAAUCUGUAGUAAAAUCUACAGUCGGUCCGCUUCUAUUUAGCCCUUCUCCUGGAACCCGAAGAACAGCAUCUUCAUCUACAUGUUCUACUCAAGUUAAGUCUCAUGAUUUCUCUUCUAACAACAAUCUCGGUUAUAUCAAAUGCCCUGACAAUGAUGUAUUGGUUUUCUUCCCUACUGGGGAUAAUCUCCAUGAACUUGGGCGUGCUAAAUUAUCCCUAAAAAUAGAUGAAAUACCAGAAAUAUAUGAUGCAUCAGAAUGCGAGUGCGGUGUGAUUGUUAAGAUUAUGGUUAAUUCAGUUUGGAAGCCUGCUGAUUUUGUUUCUCGUGAGGGUUUUCCGCCACCACCUUCUGUUGUUACUCUAGGUUAUUUGUCAGCUUGUACAGCCCACUCUGUCCAUUGGUUUAGGAUUGACUGGGAUCGUAAAGAACAUCAACAUGUAUUGGUUAACUUGGGUUCUGAGCAGUUCUCUGGUUCUGUUCUUCAUGUUUGUUGGAGUCCACAUGUGAAUUAUGAAAGUCUUGUUUUGUUAGAUAGUGGUGAACUGAUCUUAUUUGAUUGGGGUCGCUUUCCUGAUAGAACUAGUUUAGAUGUUGAAUGGAAGGAUUCAGAUUCGGGCACAUUAACUUCAGAUACUAGAUGGCUGAGUUGUGAAUUUGGUUCGCAUCCUCGGAUAUUUGUCAUUGCUUGUUCAGAUAUUGUUUACCAAGUUGAUUCGAGGUUUCAUGACAAGGAUAUUGCAAGCAUUCUAGCAAAGAUCGAGUUGUUUGCUGACGCGCAAUUAGCUGGGCCCGAGGAGUUGUUAGCUGACUCGCAUGAGCCUGACGAAUUCGUUACAUUUUGUAGAGCGGGUUCUGGAGGUUUCAAUUUCAGUAUAGCAAGUAAAUAUGGCCUAUAUCUCAUAGACACCAGAAAGCCACUAUCUCCUGUGUUACAAUGGUUUCACAAUCUUGAUUACAAACCAACUUAUAUGCAGGUGUUCGAACUUUCUGAAUUAAGGUCCAAGGUAGAACGUGAUAAAUAUCAAUGGGCCACUCAAUCUGGUUUUGCCAUUUUGCUGGGGUCAUUUUUGGAUGAUGACUUUAAUUUGUUCUUCUAUGGGCCUCCUUUGCCAGCUCCACCUAAAUCAUUGGCUUCUAUAGUUGCAGAUUUAUGCCACACCUUAUAUGCAUGGGGGCAUCCUUCAUAUCUAUCUUUGUCCGGUCCCCGAUGCUAUAGUGGUGAUUGCCUCAUACAAGAGGAGUUAUCAAAUGCAAAGCGUCCCAAGAGAAAAAUCAUGGGCUUCUGCAUCAUCACUGAAGAUCUCUUAGACAUCCAUCUUGAAAGUGGUGGCGGCUGCAGUUUUGAACUCAUUAGGUUGUUGCCCUCUGGGAAGAUUGAGUCACAGAUGUACAAUGCUUCUUGGGAGUUUGACAAACCAUCUGCAAUAGAGCAUUUGGAACCAGCUGAAUCACUGGAUGAAGACUUUUGUAUGGAUUUGUUUCAGAGAGGUGAUAUUUGUAAGAAAAUGAAGUACUGGGAACUAGAUUAUCUCCUUCCUUAUUUACAUGGUGAUCUUCUUGCAAAAGUCUUGAAGGAGGGUUCUGGUUGUAUGCAGUCAUAUACUCAAGAAAAGUACAAAUAUUUGCAUGAUCAUUUGAAGGCUGCUAGUGUUGAUCAGAUUGGGUCACUGCCUGAUAUUGUUAAGGUUUUAACUUCUGUCAGUGUUCCAAUGAACAUAAAUGAGAUUGCUGUAAGUAGAAUGUGGACUGGCCUAUCCAUCGGUGCUUUACAGCUAGGGUAUUCUUCGUAUCCAGAGCUCCCGCAAAUUAAACUGGACUCUAAGGAAGUGUCCAUGGACUUCUUACAUAUUCCGAAGUCUCCUCAGCUGCCACCAUUUUUAUUGAGGAAGCCUUCGAGAAGAAAUAAGGAGUCCCAAAAAGUGCAGCCCGGUGAUGAUCUUUUGGGACCAGUGCUUCCUCUUCCGGUUCUAGUCAAUCUUCACAAGGUAGAAAAGGAGAUGGGCACAUCAGCUGCGGACAAAAAUGAAUUCUCAUUAACUCACCAAUGCAAUGAGAUCAUGAGAGUGGCCAACAUUAUGGGUUUGCCAGGCUCUUCUGCUGAGUUACUCGACUCCCAUGCUGUUUCUCUUGAUGAUGACAUGGACAAGAACUCUAGUGUUUUCCAAGAGGUAAAGUCAUUGGUCUUUCAUAAACCAACAUCAUUCACUAGUGAGAACCGCCACUCUGUGGAACAGCCUGUUCUGGAAGAUACCUCUGCGACAUUCAUCAUGAAAGCGAACAAAUCUGAUUUAGAGAUGUUUGAUGAUCUGUGCCCAAUUGAGUUGAAGUUUGAUUCUCCUACUAGAAACUUUGGGAAGGAGGAGUUGGAGGCACUCAAGUUGUUGAAGAGACGAAUUUCCUCAUGGCAGGGAAAGUAUAAGCCUUAUCAGACUUUAGUUGGACGUCAAGCGUAAAAGAUGAUAACACUCAUUAACUAUCCAGGUAAAAAAAUUGGUCACAAGCAACUCUACCCUAUUUAGCUGUAUCCAAUUCUUUCCUGGGUAGACACACUAGACCCUCACUUACCAUUGAUAUUUAACUAUAUAUAUGCUUUUUGAUUGAACAUUAUUCUCAUGGAAUUUAUCUCUGUAAUAGUUAGAUUCGUGGUAGAAUGAUGAGCUCUGUUUUUUUUUUACUUUGUAUCUUUUAUAUAUGUGGGUAUGUGCCUGAUUCUAGUUGAACCAUGUGUGGUUCACUCUUGGACCUGUGGAAGGAUGACAUAUUUAUCAUCAGAUGAUGAAAUAGAUUUCAUAUCAUUUCAUCUA